GUGUGUGUGAGAAAGAGAGAGAGGAGUCCUGCAGAAGAAGGAGAGAAGUGGGGCUCAGCUCUGCCGGACAGUUUCUCUCUAAUCAGACGUUUUAAAGACAAAACAAACUCUAAAUCACACUUCUGCUGGUUCACCGAACCCACCGGCCGCUCCAGAUUAACCCCGCGGGCACACUAAACCCCGGGCUGGGUGUGGAGCUGCAGGAUGGAGGCGUCGACCAUUGGUGGGUUUCUGCAGGCGCUCAGUGAGAUGGGCUUCAGUCAGGAGCAAAUUCAGGAUGCCAUGCAAGCUGGCUGUUUUACUGUUACAGAGGCUGCAGAAUGGCUGCUACAGGGUGGAGGCCCGCACCACAGGUUAAGGAACCAGACAGGGUCACCUACAAAUGCCUUCUCUGCUUUUAACCCUCCAAAAAGCACCACCCCGAGCCCGUCAGAGCAAACAGGUUCUUCUCUGGUCCUGAAUCCCACUGUCCUGAGCCCGCCUGCUCAGAGUCCUGCUGAAGAGCUGCAGCCGUUAGAGUCUAGAAUAAAGCAGGACAAGAGCAGCUUCCAUCAGCAGCAGAGAGAGAAAGCAGCUCAGGAGGCUCAGCAUGAGAGAAGGCAAAAAAAACAGGAGCGUGAGUUGGUUCUGAAGAGGAUUGCAGAGGAUCGGCGCUUGCAGCAGGAGAAGGCCAGUGUUCCCUCGGCCAGUAGCCAGGGCAACACCCUGGGUGGGCAACGUCAGACCAGUGUGGAUAAUCAGUGCACUCUUAUGAUCCGGCUGCCCUCUGGUGAAUCAAUGCGCGAGUGUUUCCCCGCUGAUGCUCUGCUUUGCAGUGUUGUUGAACACAUCGCUGCUCGCCAUCCUUCUCUUCCAGCGUUUACACUGCUGCAGGGAUUUCCUCGCAAGCGUUUCUCAGAGGCAGAGCUGACACUGUCCCUGCGCUUUCUUGGUUUGACUCCAAACGCAGCUCUGUGUAUUCAGACAACACCAGCUGUGAGCAAUCUGGAAUCGGAAAACAUUCCCAAUCCAGAGCCAGUUGAACACAUUGAACCUCCACAACUGCAGGCAGAGGCAGAGUUGGAGCAGCUUGUAUUGCCCCGCCCAUUUCCACACCAGUUCUGGGAAGAAGCUGUAGAGCAUGUUGGGAUUGGACCUUCAGGACCUUCCCAUUUCUGGGGGCGUGGUCAGCGUUUGGUGUCUGGUGAAGCUGGUGAUGAACACUCGGAUGGUGAGGAGCAGCCUGAAGAACCAGCAGUGCCACUUCUAAAUGGUUUACCCCAGCUGCCGAUCAGAGUCGGACCUAUGUUGGAGCCACAGCAUCUCUGGCCUCAACAGGGCAACAGACUAAGAGAACCUGUUCUUGAUGCAGCUGCUGAUCCUGCCGCAGGAAGGAUGUUGCCGGGAGAUGCUGCAGUCCAGCGACUACAGAGACCAGUUCAGCAUGAAGAACCUUCACCCCCGAAAAAACCAUUCAGGACCCCCAGUGUCCCCUCACUCUGUUCUCUUGCCACCAAAGCAAGCAUCUCCCUCAUUACAGCUCCCUGUAUGCAGUACAGUAGCAGUCUUGCUGGUUUGACCCCAGAGUUGGCAGAGCUGUUGUUAGGUCACAUGACCUCUGGCCGUGUGCUGAAGCCACGGACCCUGGAGUUGUUUUUUGGCUGCCCGCUGCGGAGCUUUAUCCUGAACAGUUACCCGUACACCACCAAUGAAUUACUACGGCAACUGCGAGCCUUCACUGCACUAAAACAUCUCAGUCUGGUUAACUCUCCACUUAUAACAGAUUCUGGACUUUCUGUUUUGUCCAGCCUGUUAAAACUGCAGCACUUGAACCUUUCAUCCUGCAGUAAACUCACUGACUCCUGUUUGAAGCCCAUCACUAAACUACAGUGUUUGUCUUUUCUGGCCCUGAAUAAGACUAAAGUAAGCGAUGCUGGAAUGCUAAUGUAUUUGAAGUCUGCACCCUCUACUCUUACCCAACUCUGUUUGAAUGAGACGGCCAUUACUGAGGCUACACUGAGCGAGCUGCCAAAGUGUGUACCACAACUGCGUCUGCUUAGCAUUGCACGCACUCAGGUAAAUGACGUGUCUGCAUUGGCUGAACUGCACUGCUUGCAGACACUUCACCUGGACAGUACAGGUGUAAAGGAAGACUCCCUUCAGGCCCUUAAAGCCCAUCCCAGCUUAUCUGCUCUAAGUCUCUCUGGGAUUCCUGUCACCAAUGGUAACCAUAUGCUGGAGAUCAUAUCUGGUUUAAGACUGACCCAGCUAACACUACCUGGCCGUCACUCGCUGACUGAUGCUGGACUUCUUUACCUCUCCAGACAGAUUCUGCUCUCUGAGGUUGACCUAACUGACUACACACAGAUCACAGACCAGGGCAUUACUCAGCUUGGCUCCAUGACCCGGCUCAAGAAGCUGUCUCUCAGUAACACUCAGUUAAGUGAUGCGGGACUUAUUGCACUGGUAACUCUAAAGGAGUUAGUGGAGCUGUGCCUGGAUCGAACAGCUGUCAGCAGUCGGAGUGUGGCUGCCCUCAUUACACAGUUGCCGUAUUUGCAGGUAAUAGGCUUGGCCUGUACACGGGUGGGUGAUACAGUGGUCAGAUAUGGUUUAUCUCAGUGCCCCCAACUCCUUAAACUUAACCUCAGCAGGACACGCAUUACGGACCGUGGCUUAAGGUUUCUUUACCGAAUGAGACUGAACCAGGUGAAUCUGGAUGGCACAGGUGUGACUCUGGAGGGGGUGGCCAAUCUGAUUUCUGCCUGUCCUCACCUAACCAGCGUCCGAGCCAGCAACAUCCGCAGCAUCCCCCUCGAUCAGCAGUCUGAUAAUGACGAUGAUCAUCUGCUGCCCUGAACUGCACACUUCUCUUUCUCAUGUAUAUGCACACACACAAUGACUAUUUUUGAUGUUUGUUAAGUCUAAUGUCUACAGUACAGCUGUGAGUUCUCUCAUUGCUGAGAAGUCUGAUUCUAGGUGAGCAAGAUUUACUGAAAUUUGAGCAAGUAAAGACAGUAGUGGUGUUUUGGUGGUAUAUCUGGUUUGUGUUUCCUGAGCUUCUGUUGUCAUCUCCUCGACAUUUCUCUUCCUCAUCUUAAUCCGUAUUUAGCAGCCCAGACAUUACAAUUAGCAGCAAGACUUCAGUGCUUCAAUUUAAACAUACAUGUUAAUAAUUUGUUUUUGUUGGUUUUUGUUGCUUCGGCCCUGGUGUAACUUGCCAUAUAGUACCUUUAUCAGCAUGUGAAUUCGCUGCGGGCUGCCCUGCUGGAAGCAUUUAGUGGUCUAAGCAUGGUAAAUAGCAGUGUUUGUACUUUUUAAAGACUACAGGUUCUUCUAAAAAAAAAUUGCAUAUUGUAAUAAAGUUCAUUAUUUUCUGUAAUGUACUGAUAAACAUUAGACUUUCAUAUAUAUUUAGAUUCAUUACACACAAAAAAAGUAAAGAAAAAACAAAAAUCCCAAAUCUCAAACAAUUAGCAUAUUUCAUCCGGCCAAUAAAAGAAAAGUAUUUUUAAUACAAAAAAAGUCAACCUUCAAAUAAUUAUGUUCAGUUAUGCACUCAAUACUUGGUCGGGAAUCCUUUUGCAGAAAUGACUGCUUCAGUGCGGCGUGGCAUGGAGGCAAUCAGCCUGUGGCACUGCUGAGGUGUUGUGGAGGCCCAGGAUGCUUCGAUAGCGGCCUUAAGCUCAUCCAGAGUGUUGGGUCUUGCGUCUCUCAACUUUCUCUUCACAAUAUCUCACAGAUUCUCUAUGGGGUUUAGGUCAGAAGAGUUGGCAGGCCAAUUGAGCACAGUAAUACCAUGGUCAGUAAAGCAUUUACCAGUGGUUUUGGCACUGUGAGCAGGUGCCAGGUCGUGCUGAAAAAUGAAAUCUUCAUCUCCAUAAAGCUUUUCAGCAGAUGGAAGCAUAAAGUGCUCCAAAAUCUCCUGAUAGCUAGCUGCAUUGACCCUGCCCUUGAUAAAACACAGUGGACCAACACCAGCAGCUGACAUGGCACCCCAGACCAUCACUGACUGUGGGUACUUGACACUGGACUUCAGGCCUUUUGGCAUUUCCUUCUCCCCAGUCUUCCUCUAGAUUCUGGCACCUUGAUUUCUGAAUGACAGGCAAAAUUUGCUUUCAGUCCAGUGCUGCUUCUCUGUAGCCAAGGUCAGGCGCUUCUGCCGCUGUUUCUGGUUCAAAAGUGGCUUGACCUGGGGACCUGCACACCCCUGUGCACGGUGGCUCUUGAUGUUUCUACUCCAGACUCAGUCCACUGCUUCCGCAGGUCCCCCAAGGUCUGGAAUCGGCCCUUCUCCACAAUCUUCCUCAGGGUCCAGUCACCUCUUCUCGUUGUGCAGCGUUUUCUGCCACACUUUUUCCUUCCCACAGACUUUCCACUGAGGUGCCUUGAUACAGCACUCUGGGAACAGCCUAUUCGUUCAGAAAUUUCUUUCUGUGGUUUUGAGUAAUGAACCAGGCUGGGAGUUUUAAAAGCCUCAGGAAUCUUUUGCAGGUGUUUAGAGUUAAUCCGUUGAUUCAGAUGAUUAGGUUAAUAGCUUGUUUAGAGAACCUUUUCAAGAUAUGCUAAUUUUGUGAUUUUGUAUGCCAAAAUCAUCAGUAUUAAAACAAUAAAAGACUUGAAAUAUUAUAUAUGCAAUGAAUCUAAAAUAUAUGAAAGUUUAAUUUUUAUCAUUUCAUUAUGGAAAAGAAUGAACUUUAUCACAAUAUGCUAAUUUUUUGAAAAGGAACUGUAUAUACUAUAGCCUUUUCUCAGUCUCUGUAUUUUACUCAUCUGUGGCUGUAAAUGCACACUAGCAACUAGGAGCACACGCCUGCAUCAGUAGGCAGCCCCUUUAAUGCCUGGUGAGCAAUUGGGGUUUGCUGUAAUGUUCAAGGGCACUUAAAUAUUGAGGGAAUUGUUACUUCUUAGUCCCAGUUACUGACAGUCCAGGGGAUUGAGCCACUGACCUUCUCACUCUCAAGCCUGUUCCUCUAAGCUUUAGGCCAUGACUGCCCCUUCUUAGGCCACGGUUGCCUCCUCUUAUUGAUGUGAGGGUCAUUGAAAAUGCCCAAGAAUGUAUAAUGAAUUUGCUGCUACGGAUUUAUCAGUUGAUUCAUUCAUUGUUUUAAUGGAUUGGGUGUCAGCUUUUAAAGUGUGGUCCAGUGCAGCUUGAGUGAGAGGACAAUACGAGAUUAGAGAUGUAAUUUUGACAGAGCAAUAACAAACAUUACACAAAACAAUCGUUAAAAUCAUUGUUAAAUCAUCUAAAAACAAAACUGUUGUGUAAAUACAGUGUUCUAUCAGCAGAGAACCUUGCGUUUUUCCUUGGCUUUGAACCAGCAUGUAACAAACAUUUAGAACCCAGAGGAUACAAGCUAUAAAAAAGCAAACAUUAUCUCAUGCAUUUUCUUAAUUCCCAGUUCAUGUGAUUUGCAUCUAUUGAUUUGUGUCUGCUGCUAUUGCAUAUUUAACAAAUGCAUUUAAUUAUAAAAAGAAACAUAAAAAAUAAUUCUGCUACUAUAGCUGAAAGUAAGAUUAGAAGUUCUAUCCAAUAAAUCAUUUUAUUCAAAUCAAAAAUUCAUAUUCCUGCGUAUAGCAGACUAGCUAACAUUUAUAAUUUAGUUUACAAUGUUAUGCUAGGCUGCAUGUUUUUUUUUUAAAGACGUAAAUAUUUUUACAGUUUAAAAUAAAGCAUACAAUAUUUUUGAUUAUCUAAUCUUGUAAGCAAUAAUAAUAUAUUUAUGUAAGUAUUAGACUUUGAAGUUAAAAUGUAAUUCGCUAUUAGGGUCUAGUUAAGUCAGUCAAAUUACAUAAACAUUCUUUCUUGGCAUUUACUGUCUAUAUUUGCAAAUGUUCUUAUUUAAUACUUAUGUGUGAAAAAAUAAUACUUUAAUUUUAACUCAUGAAAUUGAGACCACCAUAUUUAAAUGUUUACAUAAAAAAAAGAACUAAACGGGUGGGUUAUGUAUGUAGUUCAGGUGUGGUGGAUUGCCACCGUAAUGUUAAGCUGAAGGCCAUUUCCUAAGAGAACUGCUGCUGUUUUACCAUCAUGUCCACUCUUUCCUGUUUUUAAUAAAAAUUGCUCAUGAGGA